AUGCCUGCGCAGUGCGGUCCCAUGCUCGUGCCCUUGGCUUCCAUCAUCCUCCGACCAGGCUCGCACUACUGCUACGACCAGCGGAAGACUUCCAGAACCUCAUCCCGCGAGUCCGCUCACACGUCUCUCCGCAAUGCCGCACGCCAGUCUGGCGGCCAGCCGACCACGAAGGCUAAGACUGGUCGGGCUGCUGCCAAGUCAGCGCCGGCUGCUAAGAAGGCAACCGCCACGAAAGCCUUAUCGAAGGAGAGAGAUGGCCAGACCUCUCAGCCCGACGUUCUGUCCCCGUCCGAGAAGCGGACGUAUGACAGGCUGAAAGCGAAGAUGGAGCAGGCCGAGAAGCAGGCGGCCGCCGAACGUCGAGCCAACAUUCAUAAAACAAGCACCGCUAUGUUGCUCGCUGAGAAUGCGUCUGGCGGAGAGGACGACGAGGACGAGGAUGAGCAACCGAGGCGUAAGAAGCUGAAGAAGAACAAGGAGAUCAGGUCCAGCGAUGAUGAAGAACAGGACGAGCUUGUCGAAGAGGAGGAGGAGGAGCAAUGCAAGUGGAGCCCGAGAGACAGAGAUGGACGCUGCGCCUCCGCGCGGCCUGCGUAUGGCAAGAAAUCGACGGACAAACCUGAGGUUGAGGAUGAUCCAGACGACGGGACGCGGCCGACGCUCGACCCAGACGAGCGUAGCCUUGCGAGGGCUCUCGGUGAGAAUCGCUCGUCCUCGGCGAAGGGAAACAAAGCUUCAAAGGCGAAGCAGCGGAACAACCGGGAUGACCGGGACAGUGCGUCCGAUGACGGCGAAGAGCGUCGACCUGCUGUCACACAGCCGGCCAAAGGCAAGAAGGUGUUGCGCAUGGACGCUGUCGUAAUUGACUCACCUCCAAAAAGGGUCAAGAACGUGGUCGACAAGAACAAGGGCAAGGGUACAACGAUCGAGAAGAAGAAGAAGCCGAAGAAGCGGAGCGACUGGUUGGACACCGACACCGAGUCGGAGAACGAGACGGGGACAGAGGUGGACGAGGUGGAAGAAGACGACGAGCUCAGCAGUGACAGCGACGAGGUGUCGGAGGAAAGCAGCGAGGACGAAGGGACGGACGAGGACAGUGGGGAUGACGUGAUAGUUGUCAAGGCCCCUAAGGGCAAGACCCAGCGUUCCAAAGGCAAGGGAGGCAGACGCAGCCGCGGCAGCGCGGACAGGCCAAAGUCUGAAGGUCGUCGCCGUGCGCAGGCCAGGGACAUCCCGGAGACCCUCAGGCCGGUCGUUACGUGCUCACAGAUGUAUCUCCGCCUCCGCCUCUCCCUCAAUCAUGCAUGGACCGCCGAGAAGAUGCAGAAUAGCAGCCAGCUCCCCGACAAACACAGGGUCAUCAAGAGAGCCCUGAGGGAUGCUCGCAAACAUCGCGCCGAGGACGGUAAGAAGAUAGCGUACCUUGUCAGUGGGUUCAAGACCCUGAGAGCGAAAGGCAACAACAACCUUCGCAAGAUGGUCGCCAGCGUUGUAUGGACGGGCGCGUCUCAGCUCCGAAACGAGGUCAAGAAGAAGGCGAAGACCGUCGUCGACAACGCUUACGGCCUCGGCAGCCUCUCGACGCAGCGGAGAGUCGCGGCUGCAACGUUCCUCCUCAAGUCCAACACACAGGGCAAGUACUCGAUGCAAAACUUCAUUUUCGGCGACAUCGACAUCGCCUGGCAGUCGGACGAACCUCAUGAGGUCGACAUGAAGGCGAGCGUUGUGAACCGCAAGAAACCGUUCCAGCACAGGGCGCUGUCCGACGUCAUUGUGCAGCACUGGUUCCACGGACACAGGGACACUGCGUCGGUCGCGGCGUACGAUCGCUUCAGUGAGGUUCCCGACAAUCUCAUAGCCAUCGUCUGCAACGCGAUUGAGGCGGCGUUGGUGGACAUAGCCACAGGGACUCAUCAAUUCUCUAACAAGCUGUACGCUCCUAAGUGGGGCAAUGUCAUGGGGAUCUUGGAUCAGUUCAAGCACAACGCACCGGCGGCAUACCAGUUGCUGAAGGAGAUGAUCUGGACCAAUGUCAGUGCCCUAGUCGACGAACACAAAGCCCCGAAGAAGGACGCGCAAGAUGAUGACGACGCCGGUAGCAGCAUUGGCGAGCAAUUCAUCGCUUGGAGUGAUAUCGAGGUCGGCGACACUACUGCGACAACAAAGGCUGCGAAGGCUGCCGCGAAGCCGUCGUCUUCGUCUGCGAAGGCCGCCACGAAGCCGUCGUCUUCGUCUGCGAAGGCCGCCACGAAGCCGUCGUCUUCGUCGUCGACAAGGCAGACCGGCACAGUUGAGCCGGAGAUCGACGCUGAAGGUUCUGCUCCUCAUGACGAAGAAGGUCCCCAAGACCCCUCCGAUGAUGCGUGA